GAGCCCGGGGUAGUCCGCAUCUACACCGACGGAAGCGGCAUCAACGGCCACGUCGGCGCAGCGGCGGUAAUAAUUAACCCACCAGUGGACGACAUCAGCUCGAAGCAGUUAGAGUACAUGGGCACAUCCGCAUCCUCCACGGUGUACGCAGCAGAACUCAAGGGGCUAGUAUUAGCGCUACAAAUGAUUCUCGACAUACACAAAUCGUCCAACCGCCCCGGCAAA